AUGUCACCAUCUCUUGAGUUUGUGGAUGCUUGUCUUCCCAUAACAGCAUUAAAGACGCUUGACUGGAACACGAGAAACUUUAUCUUGCAAGGCCAAGGUCCGUUCUUCCGAGUGAUUGACGACCGAACUGGCCAUGUGGCUGCUCAAGUUCAAAUCUUCAGACGGAACAAUGUCCAUGGAUUCAUCAUCCUCCCUCAACAAGAUCAUGACGAUGGGAAAGAUAUUUUGCAAAUUAUAGCCUGGGGCGGAAAGUCCCUACGUGCUAUUGAUCUCGUCUUGGGGUCCAACAAUGUAGUAACAUUGUCCGUGUCCAGUGCCGAAUUCCUCGCUCCAGACUGGAUCAUGAACGGGUGUGCUGCUGUCCUUGAGCAGCCAGAUACAACAUAUCUGGUCACAGCGAACAACGCAUUGUUGAGCUUGAAGCUUUCACCCUCCGCGUCAUCAAAAUAUCACUUCUCAAUCAGCAUCUAUCAACUGACAACGAGCGUCAAGUGUAUCUUGUACGCCGCAGACCUCAUUGCACUCUCCCACUCUCACAUCCUGAUCACUGCAGGUACGGUAUUCGGUGAAAUCAUUGUUUGGUCUUGCUUCAUCGAUGGAAAUGAGCCAUCUAAAGCCAGCUGCGUUGGCUCAAUUCAUCAUUACUUCACUGGUCAUGACGGUUCAAUAUUCGGCGUGCGCAUCUCACCCAAUAUUUCAUCCUUGAACGGUGGAAAAUCUGGUCGGCUAUUGGCGAGCUGCAGUGAUGAUCGAACCGUGCGCAUAUGGGACAUCUCCGACUGUGAAAACAAGUCAUCCCGGGAUCCUUCCGCAUACUCUACGGAUGGCUUCGAGCUUCGAAGCACUGGAUUUGGGGCCACUCUGGACAAUCCGGGUAUUGAUGCGGAAUCGUGCGUUGCGAAGGCUUUUGGGCACGUUUCUCGCAUUUGGAGCGUGAACUUCCGGCCCCUCAGAGAGAGCCAGCCCAACAAGAUGGGUCUGGUGUCGCGGGCCGAGGAUGCUACUUGCGUCGUUUGGGAUUUGACCUGGGACCCAGACCCUUCUGGUACAACGAUAUAUGAGCUAUACGAGACCGCCUCAUCUCAUCUCCAUUCCGGCAAGCAUAUUUGGUCUCUAGAUCUUUGUAGCCGUGGCGAAGAGACUGCUGUUUACUCAGGAGGUGCUGAUGGCGCCUUGAACAGCUUCCUUGUCAAAGAGACCGAUGAGAAUGAUAUUUCGCCAUCAAACGACCUUGACGUUUCAACCAAAGGCCGUCCUUCGAAGAUUGGCACAAAAGCCUUCGGCUUCGUUACUCCAGACACUUUCAUUGCCUGCUCUGCGAACGCUGAGCUACAAAUUGGGCAUGUCGAGACAGGGGAAAAAGCGAGUAUUACCUGGGAGACUCUGUGUACCGCAGAAGACCCUCGCUCGUUCCUGUUGAUCGCUGGGGUUCCGCGAAAACGACUUGCAUUGGUUGGUAGUGCGCAAGGCUCCAUUCAACUUUACAAGCAUGAUACCAAAUCACUGUCCCAUCUUGUGGAGAUGGGCGGAAGACCCAUCGGACUCAUUGCUCUUGAAAACACCUCGCAGCCGGAGACUCUCUCAUUCCUUGCUUAUUAUCCAACCGAGAAUACCGCGACCCUGGUGACCGUUAUGGAAUGGAAUGUCGAAUUUCCCAAGACUGAGGCUGUUACUUUCAGCUUACCAAAAGCGCCAUUCGCUGUUUCUGCUGCAUCACUGAUAUGCAACGGUCAGUAUCUAAUGAUUGGAUCUAAACUUGGUGGCCUGGCUGUGUAUCGAAUCUCAGGUAUUGGUAUGGACUCCCGGCCUCUGGUAGAGGAUCGACGUGUCCAUGGCCGUGCCUGCACCAACCAUAUCCAAGUGAUUCCAUCGGUGGCAGAUUCGAGUGGCACCAGUCCGGAACAUGUGUUGACCUGUGGAGGUGAUGGAUUCUUCUGUCUCCUCGACAUAAAAACCAGCGAAAACGAUCACAACGCUGUCUCGUUUGAAACAGUGCAUAGGUCAUAUUCUGGUCUCGCUGGGAAUAUCGGAGGUGCCUACUUUGACGAGGCAAGUGGUGAUCUGAUGAUUUACGGGUUCAGAUCCCAAUCCUUUGUUCUACGCAAUGAGUCGAAACAAACGGACGUCAUUUCCAUUCCUUCGGGUGGCGCUCGCAGAGGUUGGGCCUUUCACCAUGUAACUAGUGAUAAUGACGCUGUCUUCGUUUGGAAAGACGGCUCUCAUAUGUACACCCGCCUCAUCCGUACCGAUACCAACCGAUGCCUCCGACCUGGAAGCCAUGGGCGUGAAAUCAAGUCUGUGGGCAGCGUCGACUCCGCUCAGGGCAGACAACCGCUCUUCGCUACCGGAUCGGAAGAUACUACAGUGCGCAUAUUUACACCGUCAAGCCCGGUCAAUGCAAGUCCGUGGGGAUCCUUUGAAUGUAUGCGUACUCUGGAUACACACAGAUCAGGUAUUCAGCAAGUCAGCUGGUCAAAGGAUGGACAGUACUUGUUCACGAGUUCUGCAUAUGAAGAGUUCUUCGUCUGGAAAGUGAAAUCUGUUCCAUCAUUUGGUCUUGCAACAAUACUUUUGGCCACCGGUCCGAAAGAUGACCCGAACUCGGAGCGUCGAAUAACCAGUUUCGACGUGGUGGAAGUCGGAGAUUCUGGAGUUGGGCAGGAGUUCCUCCUGUGCUUGACCCUCUCCAACUCAACGAUCAAGAUUCUCCACUUUUCUCCAUCCGGUGCCAAAUUCACCCUUUUGGGCAGGGGAACAUACAUGACGAACUGUUUGACUCAAGGCCAUUUCUGGGUGAAGGACUCGUCAGUGAGCCUGAUUACUGCCGCUACAGAUGGAUUCUUUACUCUUUGGGACCUAACCACCACGCUCGAGCCAUUCUAUACGAUCGCUUCGUCUGCUUUGACUCCAAAGCCAUCUCUUCGAAACUCUACCGUCUCACCCGAAGAGAUCUCCUGUGAAAGCCGAUAUCAAAUCCAUUCGAACAGCAUCAAAGCAAUGGAUCUCGUAACACUUUCCGACUCCGCCACCGUCAUCGUGGCCGGAGGCGAUGAUAGCUCCAUUUCUGCGUCUCUCUUGACGACGGGCUCAGACGGAAGCGUCCAGGUGGCUACAGUCUCGGUACCAGACGCCCAUGCAGCUUCAACGACGACCGUCAAAAUUCUCCACCAGAAAAGAUCCCACGCCGUUAGGUCCGACACUGAACUCAUCACACUCACAGUGGCUUCCUCGGGCAACGACCACCGAGUCAAGAUCUGGUCCAUCACGGUGGAUCCUACGCAGCAUGGUGCACAAGGAAUCCGCGUUGAAUUUCUGCUGGACCGGUACAGCGCUGUGGCUGACUUAUCCUCUCUGGGGUUGAUUAAGGUAUCCGAAAAUGAGGGAAUGCUGCUAGUCUGCGGUGUUGGUAUGGAAAUGUUUCAGAUCAAGUUGUAA